ACUACAUUUUACACAACCAUUGUAACAGUUACCUGGAGGUAUUCUCCCACGAGUCAAAAGAAAGUUGGAAGACGGUUUUUGUCCACAAAAUGUGGAGCGGCUUGUGAUUUGUCGUCAGCUUACGUUAAGUGGAAGCUAGUUUCAAAGUUUAUCAGCACAGUGACACGAAGGCAACAGCUUAAAGAGACACACAGUGUUCCAGGCACAGUCAAUGGAACCCCAGUUAUUGUGCUGUGAGGGGGACAGGCCUGCCAUCCGGAGGGCCUACCGGGACUCCAACCUGUUGAACGACCGGGUCCUGCAUGCUCUGUUGCGGGCAGAAGACAAGUACCUCCCCGCUCCCAACUACUUCAAAUGCGUCCAGAGAGAAAUAGCUCCGUACAUGAGGAGGAUAGUGGCUACCUGGAUGUUGGAGGUGUGUGAGGAACAGAAAUGUGAGGAGGAGGUUUUCCCUCUGGCUAUGAACUACAUGGACCGCUUCCUGUCAGUGGAACCCACCAAGAAGAACCACCUGCAGUUACUGGGAGCUGCCUGUAUGUUCCUGUCAUCCAAACUGAAGGAAACAAUCCCACUCACUGCUGAGAAACUCUGCAUCUACACAGACAACUCUAUCACACCAACCCAGCUGCUGCAAAUGGAGCUGUUGGUUUUGAACAAGCUGAAGUGGGACCUGGCUUCAGUAACCCCUCUGGACUUCAUUGACCACUUUUUGUCUCAGCUGCCUGUCAGGAGAGAGAACAGGUCCAUCCUCAGGAAGCACGCUCAGACCUUUGUGGCUCUGUGUGCCACAGAUGUUAAAUUUAUUGCUAGCCCUCCGUCGAUGGUGGCAGCAGGCAGCAUGGUGGCAGCGGUGGAGGGUCUACAGAUGAGAAUGGUGGGCAAUGCCAUGAUGUCUCAGAAACUGACGGAGCACCUGGCACAGACCAUCAGGAGUGACCCGGACUGUCUCAGGUCUUGUCAGGAGCAAAUCGAGUCACUGCUGGAAACCAGUCUCAGACAGGCACCACAACCGCAACACUCAGUUACCAUGGAAACUAAGAACAUCAGUGAGGGGCAGGACCUCUCAACUACACCCACAGAUGUCCGGGACAUAAACAUCUGAGUGUUGCCAGUCAUGUUGCUUGGUGAGAAAAGAGAAGCAGGUUGGACUGACAAAUACAAAAACACACAUGGUUAUGUUUAACAUGAUGUGGUGUGUAUUGUGGAGCGCUAACAAGUAAAGGGACUCAACAGCGUAUCAGAACUGUUCAUAUGAAGUCCAGUAUGAACUAUGGCGAGGAUCAGCAUGCGAUGUGGACACGUCACAUCCAAGACAUUGACACCUUAAGACUGGAAUUCAGCUACCACUGACGGAAUAGCUGAAAGAGUAAUGUCUGUCAAGUGGGGUUUCUUACCUGUGGGUAUGUGCCCACCAAGGUGUUGUUGCCUCCUCCCAAAGUGAAACUGUGUAGCCUCAGAGACUGAAACUAACUGGUACGUUCAGACGUCCCUGGUCCUGUAUUUAUCAAACACUUAAGAAUUACAUUAAGAAUGCAGAUAAGUAAUUUGCUGUAAGUGAACAAUAAGACAGAUUUAUCAAGCAAUCUACACCUGCUGAUCGUGAAGUGCUGAAGCAGACUUUAAGAGCAGCUUUCAAGUGAUGAAAUGGAAACAACGCAUCCCAUUAAAUAUGCAUUUGGAGAUAACAGUUCACCGGAAAGUAGCAGCAGGAAACAGUCUCCUACAACAAGCUUAUUCUGUAUUAUAUGUCUUUCCCUCAUAUUAGAUGUUAUACAUAUUACCUAUACUGCAUUAUACAGCCAUUUUAAAACAUGUUUAAGAAGGGUUGAGCCAAUUUAAGAGGCCUUUCUUAAAUUUAGGAGCAUGUUUAAGCCAUAUUAUAAAAAAUAGGUUAAAUUUUAAGUUUGAAACUAAGAGUAAAAGGGAUGGAGGUUUCCAUUUAUGUAUCACUUUCAGCAGUUUGAUAAACACAGGCCCUGGUCAAGAUGGAAAGUAAAGCCCUGUUUCCACCAAACACUUUCAGUACUGUACAUCUGGAACCAAAAGUAACCCUUCAGACAUGGCACCUAGAUCCCUUUAGCGUUUCCACCACAAACAGUACCCUUGUUGUCGCUCACUGCUCUGUCUAGCACUCACUGUAUUACCGCAUCACUGGUGACACAGAGGGAAGUCUACCCCCUUAUUGUCCACAGAAUGGGGUUGCACGUCGAACAAAAUCAAACAGGCUGCAGUGUCUCCAUGGGAUAUCUAGAAAAAACAGGUGUGUGCAUUUAGUCCCUUUCCGUUUGGUAGCAGGCAAGCGCAGGGGUUUAGUGUUGCUGGAGCCCACAUGAGCAAUGCUCUGCAGCGCUUUUUUCCCCCCUCCAAGUGAGGAUAAGAAUAUGUGCCGUUCACAUAAUGCGGUUGAAAUAAAUGUAUAUUUAAACGCCAUAUUCAUAUAUGUAAAACUUGCCACGGUAUGAACAUUGGUUACAUAAGCCUCAAAACAAGCUACAACUCUGCCCUGAGCAAAAGUGACUGUCUGCUAUCGCGUUUCUAGUGCCACCUGUUAGUACCAGAUCUGUGUGCUAGGCACCCCAACAGAAGGGUGACCAAAAAUGGGGAUGGUGGGGCCCCAUGUACAAGGCUGUUGCUGCAGCGGCCCACGUUCGAGUCCAGCCUGUGGCCCUUUGCUGCAUGUCUCUCCCUCUCACUGUCCUGUUGAUUAAAGGCAAAAAAAUGCCCUAAAAAUAUCUUUGGAAAAAAAAAAAAAAAAGGGGAUGGUAAGGAACAGUUGGUACCAUCCUCAACUUUUCACAGAGGAAACGGAAAACAUUCAUACUGAACUGAAUUGAACCGUAUCGUACUGCUUGGUGGAAAUGGGGCUUAAGAAGUCGAUCACCAGACAGUUGCCCUCUCACGGACAACAAAAUGGUAACAACCAAACAAACAAAAAAGUGUGAUAUAAUUUACAUUAUGAUGAAGAACUGGCAAAAAUGAACAAUAGUAACCACAUAACAUGAUCUGUAACUGUGAGGUUUAGGUCCCUGAAUUGAUACCCAAAAAAGGAUAUGGUUGUGUGGUUGUGUAAAGUGGAAGGUGUUAUAAACUGCCAAACUGAAACCACUGUUCUAAUGGGAUGCUGUGUAGUGUUGUGUAGUGUGUAUCUUACGCCACCAGAGGGAAGUCAGACAUUUGGGAUGUAGUAGCCAUCAAACUGCAGUGUUAUCUGAAUAAGAGCAAGGAUCUCUGACAUCAAGGUCAUUAACCUUGUGGCAACACGUCACAUUGCAUUUUCUGUGUGCAUCAGGAGCAAAACAGGCACAGUAUCUGUCCACAGCAUAUCAAGGGAUUUUACAUGGUUACAGUUAUGGAAGACUGUAAUGAGAUAAGAAACCUAUUGUUUUCCACACAAGCAAAAAUUUGAAAAUGCAAUAAUACUUCCUGUCUUUUUCUGGGCGUUGUCUCUGAUUACUUAACUAAUAAUGAACUGUUUAUCAAACAGGACAAUUUUUUAACUACACACAGCAAGUUUUUCUGUCUAGGAAAAAGGGACAAAGCUGUACUCAUGAACUAAAGUAAGAUAUCAAGUGUACUACUUUAUUUUGCUUCUUAUAUUUAUUAUUCCUGUCACUUGACUUUACAGCUUAAAGUUGAGUUGUUCUAAAAGAGAAGAAAGUCUCUGUGAAUUCAGCUGCUCUGUUAACAUUGCCACACAGUGGUUCUUGAAGGUACUAAUGUUUUGCUUCUUGAAUAGAGAAGCCACAACAAAUUGAUGUACCUUUUAUAGUGGUAUGAUCAACUUUUUAUUUUUUAUUUUUUAUUUUUUUUUAGGGUUUUGCCCACAUGAUAUAAGCUUGUAUCAGGUUAAGCCCUAUGUUGGUGCUUUCUAUGUCUGUCUAAGGACAGAGUGUAAAAAUGAAUUAAAGGAAAACUGAUAACAUUCUUAAAGCCUGUUGAUGUUCAUAUUAUUUCAUAUUUAUGCCAAACACAGUUAAUCAGUGUCUCUGUUGGCUGAGUCG